AUGCUGACUAACUAUUCCAUCGCGUUUGAACAACCACAAUCAAAUUUAAAUGAUCAAAUACCUAUUCAAUCAAACAGUCAACAAAUAAAUAAUUUAUUACCAAAUGGUUCAUUAAAUCAACAACAAUUUAAUUCAAGAAUUCAACAACAACAACAAAAUAUACUAUCACAACAAAUUCAUCAACAAGCUUAUCCACAACAACACUCACUUAAUAUGGCACAAUCAAACAAAAAUAUUAAUUCAGGUUCACACCAACAACAACACCAACAUCAACAGACGCGUUCUGUCCAAUCUUCAAAUCAAACUGAUCAACCCCAUCAACAAUAUCAACAUCAAUCAAAUACUUCACAAAAUAUUAAUAAUCAAGAUUUAAACAAUACAGUUAAAAAAGAACUUCAACAACAACAACAACAACAAACUACAUCAUCUUCAUCAUCAUCAAUUAAAAAUUUUAAUCUUAUACCUCCUUAUAAUCCAUUUGAUUUAAAUUCUUAUCCAAUGACAAAUCCUCCUAUAUUUGAUUCAACUUUUAUGUUACCUUAUACUACAGCUGAAGGUAUACCAAGAAGAAGAAGAAUUUCUAUAUCAAAUGGUCAAAUUGGUCAAAUUAUGAAUCAUGAAGCAUUUUUUGAUGAUAAUAAUGAUGAAUUAGUUAAUAAUAAUUCUUUAGAUGAUGAAUUAACUCAAAAAUUUAAUGAUUAUGAGUUAAAUAGACCUCAAACUAGUUUUAUUGUUGAAAAUCAAAAUCAACAUUCACAACAACAACAACAACAACAACUACCGCCUGCACAACAACAACAACAUCAACCUCCUGCACAACACAUCCAACAUCAGAAUGACCAUCAUAUUCAACAACAACAUCAACAGCAAAUGACUCAACCAGUGCCGCAUCCUCAUCAACAUCAAAUACACCAACAAAAACCUCAACAACAACACCAAGUUCCACCACAUCAUCAUCAAUUACAACAAUCUCAACAACAGCAACAUCAACAACAAAUACCAAUACCUCAAAAACCUGCAUCUCCACCAGUAGCAGGAGUACCCCCACCAAAUCAUCAAUUAAUUUACAAUAACGAAGUAAUAUAUAACCCAGAUAAUGGUCCAAUAGCAGGAACAGCAGCAUGGAAAAAAGAAAGAUUAUUAGAAAGAAAUAGAAUAGCAGCAUCAAAAUGUAGACAACGUAAAAAAAAUGCUCAAUUACAAUUACAAGAUAAUUUAAAUAAAAUGGAAAAUGAUUUAAAAUUUAAAAAUGAUUAUAUUAAAAAUUUACAAAAUCAAUUACUGUACCUCAAAAAUGGUAUUAAUCAAUUUUUAAAUUUAAAAGAUGAAGAAAUUUUGAAGAAUUUAAUUAGAAAUUUUGAUAAUAAUAAUAUUAAUAAUAAUAAUGAUAAUAAUGCUUAA